GUAAACACAACAGCACUGUUUUUUUUUUUUUUAUGUGAAAACUGUCAAUCGAGGAUAUGGUUUCGAGUUAAACAAACGCAGCAGCUUGGCUCUGUAACCCUGGUGUGGAAAACCCCCUGGAAUGACAUUGGUGUGUUCCCGAUGCAAAUGAGUUGAAGGUGAGAUAGAAGUACCCUCCUGUCAUGGCUGAGGAUGGAGAGCUGGGUACAGGUUCAUCAGGUCGUCGGGGUCAUCAGACCUACAGAAGUUCUGCCCAUUUCCGCAGCCUGCUGGACGGCCUCCUGGCUCUCAGGGAGAGUGGGAUCUUGUAUGAUGUGGUGCUGCUGGUGGAGGGUUGCCCUAUCCCAGCCCACCGAAUACUUCUGGCAGCCUCCUGCGAGUACUUUAGGGGAAUGUUUGCUGGAGGGCUUCGGGAGGUACAGCAGAAUGAAAUCCCAAUAUAUGGAGUAACUCGUAAUGCCAUGAAAAAACUGCUUGAUUACAUCUACACCUCUGAGAUUGAGUUAGAUGUGGAAAAUGUGCAGGAAGUGCUUGUUGCAGCCACGCUAUUACAGCUUGAGGAUGUCAUCAGCUUCUGCUGCGAUUUCCUCUUCUUCUGGCUAGAUGAAAGCAACAUUUUAGAGGUGGACCUUCUUGCUGACAUGUACGGACUGCAGGAACUUGAUACUCGGGUCCAUUCUUACAUACUCAGGAACAUCCAGACUUUGUCUCGAACUGAGGCAUAUCGUCAGCUCCCCGAGCACAAAGUCUUCAGAGCGCUGUGCAGUGAUGAGCUUCAGGUGACCAGUGAGAAUGAGGUCUACGAGGCCGCACUUCAUUACCACUACAGCCCAGAGCAGGUAGAAACGGACCAAGUAGACUUGCAGUUUGUAUUUUCUGCACUAAAGGGCAACCUUAAGAUGCUUGAAGCUGUGCGCUUUUGCCUGAUGGAGAAACAAGUGUUGCAGAGGCUGUUUGGGAGACUAAAUGCGUGCCCGCUGAAGGAAUGUGUUUCAGCUGCCCUGCGCUACCAUGAUCAGGAGAUAUGGCAGCCCACCCUGCAGGGUCCUCUCACCCAGCCACGCUCAACCUUGCACUGUAUCUUGGGCUUCGGGGGGAUGUUCCCCACUGGAUCCUUUACGGACAGCCACAACGUAUUUCAUGUGUUCCACCCAAGCUGGAAAGAGUGGAGGACUCUCCCUGCAGGUCACACUCCCCGAAUGUCCAACCAGGGCGUUGCUGUGCUCAACAACUUUAUUUAUCUUAUUGGGGGAGACAGAAACAUUAGUGGAUUUCAUGCAGAGACCUGCUGCUGGAGAUAUGAUCCACGCCACAACAGCUGGUGCGCUGUUCAGCCUCUACAGCAGCAGCAUGCUGACCACUGUGUGUGUGUGGUAGGCGGCUAUAUAUAUACCAUCGGAGGGCGGGACUACAGCAAUGAACUGGACUCAGUGGAGCGAUAUGAUCCACACACCAACACGUGGGAGCAUGUCGCACCAUUAAAAAGAGAAGUGUAUGCCCAUGCUGGAGCAGUGGUGAAUGGGAAGAUUUAUAUAACAUGUGGGCUCAGAGGAAUGGUGUAUCUUAAAGAGACCUGGUGUUUUGACCCUGUUACCAACCACUGGACGGCCUGUGCAGAGGGGCCAGUGGAGCGGGCGUGGCAUGGCAUGGCUUCUGUUAGAGGCCGUGCUUAUGUUGUCGGCGGAAGUAACGAUGAGCGUGGUUAUCGGCGUGAUGUCUUCAAGGUGGAGUGUUUUGACCCCUCCAAUAACUCUUGGUCUUCCCUGAGCCCUCUUCCCAUUGGACACGGAGAACCCGGCAUGGCUGUGCUGAACCAUCGCAUCUACGUUCUGGGAGGACGCUCACAUGACAAAGGCAACAGGAUGAAAUAUGUUCAUGUGUACAACACCGACACAGAUGAAUGGGAGAAUGUUGCAGAGUUUAAGGAUCGUGUCUCGGGCUUGGCAGCCUGUGUGGCCAUCAUGCCUCCUGCUGUGAUUGACCAGGCCAGGACCGCGGCCCAGUGGAGUAAGGCAUUGUGGGAAGGCAUAGGCAAGGAUAACUCUGAGUACUCCAGUGAAGAUUAAUCUGUUUUUUCUGCUACUGAGAAACUGCCUUUUUGAAAUGAAUCUAUGAUUACUGGAGAUUUACUGCACUGAUUUACUUUAGGUGGCAGUGUUGCGUCAUUCAUGCAUGUUGAAACGCUGCCUGCGUUUGCACCAAAGUGUUAUUUUGGAUGUAUGUAUAUAAUCACUUUGUCCAAAAUCGUUGAGCUUCUAAAACUGUUGCUGCUCUCUCAACACUGGCUGCUUCUCAUUCUGUCUCACAGCUAUUAAGUGAAACAAACUAGUGAUGGCAAGAGUUCUCCCUACCAAUCCACAAGAGGGCGCUGCACUCUAUUAGUAACUGACCACCCUGUUCAUUGCCUGCACCUUGUUUAGCUUUCUUUACAGACCUGUCAGCCCAUCUUUUUGACGGCCUCUACUUGAAAUCUGCCAGUAAUUGUUUGCAGUGAUGGAGUUUGAUAGCCAUCAGUCUUGCUUUGUUUAAUAAGCUCAGAGCUGACACGAUGAUAAUACCCAGCGUCUGUUAUCACUCAGUGUCAGUCAGUGCUGCAGUGACACAAGUUUUAAAAACAGAUUUUGCUCUCCUUUUCUUCGACUAUACAAACUUGUUUCAGGUGCAUGGCACACGUGAGAUACCCUUCGUACUGCCCAAUCAGGUAGUAUUUUCCACAUAAUAAGCAAGUUUUUCUCCUCAUUGUGGUAACAGAGAUUACACUGGUAUGUAGCCAGAGGGGUGAGCAAAUGAAAGGGGCCCCACCCUCACCUUAGGAUAAAGGUCCCUUUUUGAAUACAUUUUUUUCACAUAAUAAUGUUUUUUUUUUUUUCGCAACUACAACAUUGUUCAAUCAAUAUUACAGUGUCCACGUUUUACUACUGCAAUGCUGCCCUAAGUGGAGCUGAUGAGCCAUAUCAAUCUGUUUACUUAAAUUUUGA